UCACUCAAAAGCAGCUCGACUCCCUAACAGAGUGGGUGAGUUAAGCCCAAAGUUCACACAAAAGCAGCUCUCGGAUUAUUUCAGAACGUUACAGGCUGGUCAGUCCGUCAGUGCAAAAUGUUAGGGAUAUAUACUCUCAGCAUUUUAACUCUGACUGUCGUUCUUCUGGUGUGGGGCACAUAUCAGCCACUUAAGAGAUAUCUGCAUAAAUGGAACGAGAUGAAGCCGAUUCCAGGAAUGCCUGGAGCUUACCCUAUCAUUGGCAAUGCUCUGCAGUUCAAAACAAAUGCAGGAGAUUUCAUGAACCAGAUUGUUGAGGCUACCAAUGAAUUCCGAGACCUACCACUGACUAAAGUAUGGAUUGGACCCUUGCCUCUUCUUAUCCUGUAUCACGCUGAGAGCAUCGAGGGGGUCCUCAGCUCCUCCAGGCAUCUCGAUAAAUUAUUCAUGUACACGUUUCUGGAGCCUUGGCUUGGGACAGGCCUGCUCACCAGCACGGGUGACAAGUGGCGCAGUCGGCGCAAGAUGCUGACCCCGACGUUCCACUUCUCCAUCCUGUCCGACUUCCUGGAGGUGAUGAACGAGCAGGCGGAGGUGCUCGUGGGCAAACUACAGAGGCACGCGGGAGGCGCUGCCUUCAACUGCUUCAGCCUCUUUACCCUCUGUGCUCUGGACAUCAUAUGUGAGACUGCGAUGGGAAAACAGAUAUAUGCACAGAGUAACUCGGACUCUGAGUAUGUUCGCAGUGUUUACAAGAUGAGUGACAUCAUCUCCAGACGACAGAGAACUCCAUGGUUCUGGCCGAACUGGAUCUACAAUUUACUGGGAGAGGGAAAAGAACAUCACCGCAGGCUCAAGAUCCUCCACACCUUCACUGAAAAUGUGAUUAAGGAGAGAGCUGAACAGAUGACGAGGGCAGAGUCAGACAGUGAGUCUGACCAGGGCAACAGGAAGAGAAGAGCUUUCUUAGACAUGCUGCUGAAGACCACUGAUGAUGAGGGCAACUACUUAAACCAUAAAGACAUCCAGGAGGAGGUGGACACAUUUAUGUUUGAGGGUCACGACACGACCGCAGCCUCCAUGAACUGGGCUCUGCACCUGAUCAGCUCCCAUCCAGAGGUUCAGAGGAGAGUGCAUCAGGAACUUGAUGAAGUCUUCGGAGUGUCAGACCGCCACGUGGUCACCGAGGACCUGAAGAAUCUGCGCUACCUGGAGUGCGUCAUCAAGGAGACGCUGCGCAUCUUCCCGUCUGUGCCCCUGUUUGGGCGAAGCAUCGGCGAGGACUGUCACAUCAAUGGGUUCAAAGUCCCCAAAGGGGUGAACGCUCUCAUUAUUCCCUACGCCUUGCAUCGGGACCCACGGUACUUUCCGGAACCGGAAGAGUUCCGGCCUGAAAGGUUCCUGCCAGAAAACAGUGUCGGUAGACACCCGUAUGCUUUCAUCCCCUUCUCUGCUGGCCCAAGAAACUGCAUCGGCCAACGAUUCGCCAUGAUGGAGGAGAAAGUGAUUCUUGCGUGGGUAUUGCGUCACUUCAAGGUGCAAGCCUGUCAGGAUCGUGAGCAGCUGCGGCCCAUGGGAGAGUUGAUCCUUCGACCGGAGAGCGGCAUCUGGAUCAAACUGCAAAGAAGAACCUUCUAGAACUAGUUGCAUGUGAACAGACCUCUCAUGUUCACGGAGCACGUACUGUAUGUCAUGGAAAACUGGCGUCAUCACCACCCCCUUAAAUGAGACUCCACAUACCAGACAUGGGUACAGUUCUGUAAUGUGUUACUGUAAAUAUAUAGCAUGGAAUGGAUCGGGAGAGCACAGCAAUGAAAAUGUCUCAUGUUUAGCUUUUGACCUUUGAAUUGAUGAAUGGGAAAAUAACAUCCACUUAUGAAAUGUGUGGAACAUUAGGGACAUUAAUUCCUUGUGGGAAGCAUGACAAAAGUUCAACUUAGGGCAGGCAUUUACUCGAGAUAAUGUCCCUAAACUUUAAAAAAUAGACUAAAAAUAGACUCAUCGACUGAUUGUGCACUUUUCCUCCAUAUGGUAACAGAAUUCAAAAGUUGUCCAGGGCACUCAAGAACACAAUAUGGAGCAUUCAGAGUCAAACGUCUGGAUGUACAGACCAUUGGAUAAAUUUGAAAAACUCAAUUUACUCAUUCAUUUUAUUAGGUGAUGAUAUUUCACUUGGAAUUGAAAUGAUAUUAUUACAGAUGUACAGAGUUCCUGUUACUGCAGAGGAUCUGUCUGUUAGGGUUGCACCAGAGUGGUGCAAGUUAAUCAUAUCACUUCAGCCCUGCUUAUUUUAAAUCAAAUAGGAAUUUAACCUAAUGAAUAUUUUUUAUUAUUUUGUUUUUUUUCUGGGUCUAAACACACAUAGGCUUGACAUUUGAAAAGCUCAUAUGUUUGGCUUAAUUCCAGAUGUCUGCUGAUGUCUUUAAAAAAGCAGGGGAUCUGGUUAGUUCAUUCUGAUGGAUUUAGAAGACAUAACCCCCCCCCCCCCCCCCGACCCCCCGUCUAGACGGGGUUUCAGUUUCUAGUUUAACUUAUUGUCUUGAAUGCUUCCCAGCAGUUACGUUUCAAAUUGGCCUGGAGGCUAAGCUGUUGAAUUUUCUCCAAACCAUUUGUGAAAUGUCCAAGCAAUAAAAGAGACUGGCGCUGAGUUGUAGCCGUGCUCCCGAGCGCUGGUCUGCACCCAAUGUGGUUACGCCUGAAGUGAUAACACACUGGCAAACACACACUUGGACUGCCUGCAGAAGGAGAGACCUGGUGCGUUGCAUUUUCAAUGUCUGUUCACUGUUGAGCACCGCAUGUAUUGACGUUUUGUUUUCCAUGUCUGCAUUUAAAGACAAACGACUGGUGUUUUUAUAGGCUUAAUUACUUUUCAUGCUGCUUUUUGUCUUUGGCUAAGGCCACACUGUCUGUAGUAGACAGACAAAUGGUGAUAUUCAAGUAAUGGAGUGUCUUGACAGUCCAAGCAUUAAGGGGCCACAUCUGUCCUUAAAGGCAUGUUUGAUGAGUCUUCCAAUUCACAGUUUUUAAAUUUGGAGUGCUUAAUGUUAUUUUAGACCAAAGACAGCUAUUAAUGCUGAGAGCCAACAGUCUUCACAGUGAUUUGAGUUCGCUUCAGGAGGAGACUAAAGGCAGCCCUCAAUGAAUUGCAACGCAUGUUCUUUCCAAUAACUGGCUAGAUGUGCCACUGACUGUAAGUCAUAUUAAAGCCAAUAAUCGCUGGGUUGUGUUCAAAACAUCCCUAGCUUUGAUGUUAACGUGAACAAUCUUUCCUUUUUUACAGAGAUGCGAUUGAAACUCUGCUAUAAGGCCGUUUGCUUUUGUGUCUAAAGUACUGUGUUGAAGCAGUGGUAUGUAGUGUUGAUUUAAAUGAUAAUUGGAGUGUUGAGAAUGAAUGACUCACCAAAUGCAGAAAUAUAACAACUUUAUUUUAAUUUGUGUCAUAAAUGUCAUAAAUAUCCCUUUAGGGCUCUGAGACUUUCUUGGGAACGACAUCACAUACUGCGUGAUAUUGCCAUGUGUAACGAGGCUGGGGCUGAGAAACGAGGAUAUAAUGUAAUUAGUCUUUGAAAUGUUCAGCUUCAUAAAAAGACACUUAUUACUGUA